AUGGAAGAGCAAUGGCUGAUUUGGCUUUCUGCGCUUCUAAGCAGUGUGCUAGCAUAUUUCUUAUUAGAUCUAAUCGGGAGAAGAAUGAAGAAAAGAAGAGAAAAUCUUCCUCCUGGACCUCCUGCCUGGCCCAUCGUGAGAAACCUUCUCCAGAUGGGGAGAAAACCGAAUGAAUCUUUGUGGGCUCUUUCUCAGAAAUACGGCCCUCUCAUGACUCUCUCUCUCGGCAUGAAAACUGCUGUGGUGGUUUCCUCCUCUGAAAUGGCAAAGGAGAUGUUCAAAACCCAUGACCAAAACUUUGCAGGACGGACUCUGAUGGAAUCAAUGAAAGUUCUUUCUCACCACGAAUCUUCAAUCGCUUUUGCUCAGUAUGGAGAUUACUGGAGGAAAUUGAGGCGAAUUGCCACCACAGAGCUCUUCACUCCCACCAGACUCCACGCCCUGCAAUAUCUGAGAAGAGAUCAAGUCUCUCAGACAAUUCGAAUGGUUUUUGAGCAGAGUGGAAAAAGUUUGAAUAUUGCACAUUUGAUGUUCUACGUGGGUCUCAAUCUCAUGAGCAACGUCAUCUUUAGUAAGAAGUUGUUCGAUCCCAACAAUCCAGAGUCUGCAGAAUUGAGGAACACUUUUAAUGAAACGGUGAGGUUAACCGGAAAACCCAACUUGGCCGACCUUUUUCCGUUUCUGAGGUUCCUGGAUCCGCAGAGCGUGUGCCGUGAUCUGGGUGACCAUGAAAAGCGAUUACAUAACUACUUAGAUGUAUUCAUACAAGAUCGGCUAGAGGAGAGGAGGAGGGGCGUGGAUCUUCCCAAGGAAAAGGACUUUCUCGACAUUCUGCUCGAUUCGACUGCCCAUGAUUUCACUCUGGAAAAUAUCAGGGCUUUAGUUAUGGAACUUUUUUCUGCUGGUAGUGACACUACUAGUACAACAGUAGAAUGGGCUAUGGUGGAACUCAUUGCUAAUCCUCAGUGCCUCAUAGAGUAG